UAAGAUUAAGGCAUUGGCUGCUAAAAAGCAAAGAGAAGCGUCGCAAGAAAACAGAAGCUCUGGAGUAACACCAAUUGGCGCUUCGACGAUGCAAGAAUCUAGGGGACCAAAGAUUAACGGGAUCGCAGUGGAUGGUGAAGCUUCGACAUCCCUUAAUGAUUACGUAGCGUCUCAAUCGGUGGUUGAUCCUAGUACCCCAGGCCAGAAGAAAAUGGAAUAAGAAACUCUCAUAGACAACUCAUCUCAGAACAAGAUUUGCAGAAUUUCUGCAGUAAAUGCAUAGAUAGUUUUACACCUGGACACUCUAAAUGCAUAGAUAGUUUUACAGCAUUCGAAG